AUGCUUAGUUUAAUUACUCAAGCAACUGGUAAUGUGGCUAGAAUAGCUGCGCAUAAACCAAUUCAUUUCAUAAUCAUCCCUGCAUUAUUAGCAUCAAUAGCUUAUUUAUCUAUUGUUGAUGAUUAUGUUCCAAAUUUGCAAACUUCAUCAAUCAAUAGCAAUUAUGAAGGUGCUGUAAGUUAUUAUCAUCCAAAAGGUAAUAAUGACAUAAAUAAAUGGAUACAAGUUGAUUUUCCAGAAGAAUAUUCAAAAGCUCAGCAUUUAAAUUUAAUACCAAUAAAAUUCAAAUCACAAAAUUUUCAAAAAAUACCACAAUUAGAAAAUUCUUUACAUAUGGAUAGUGAACAAGUUUUGAUUGUAGAUUCUGAUAAAUUGGAUCAAACUUUUGAGCAAUUGAAUACUAUUGAAAAUUGGAAAGUUAGAAAUAAUAUUCAUUUUAAAAAAUAUUACAAUUUCAUAAAAUCAGGAUAUUCCAAAAUUCAAGAAGCUAUACAAAAUGCUGACAAUUUUGAUAUCAUUUUGAUUUUUGUUGCUUAUUUAGCCAUGUGGUAUACUCUAAUUAAAGUAUUUUUCGAUAUGAAACAAAUUGGAUCAAAAUUUUGGUUAGCAUUUUCCACGUUAACUUCCUCAACCUUUGCAUUUUUGUUUGCAUUAGCUGUAUCAAAUAAAUUUUUAAAUUGUGGAGUUAGUUUAAUAAGUUUAUCUGAAGGAAUACCAUUUUUAGUUGCAAUUAUUGGAUUUAAGCAUAAGGUAUCUAUUGCAGCAUUUGUUUCCAAAUCAUCAACAGCUUCACCAGAAGAUGUUCCUCAUAUAGUUGCCAAAGCUGUGUCAUCACAUUCAUUAAGUUUAUUAAGAGAUCAUGUUGUCGUAAUUGGUGCAUUGUUGUCAUGUGCUGCUUAUGCAAAUCAUUUAACCGGUUUAAGAAAUUUCUGUAUAUUAAGUUCUUUAAUAUUAUCUUUUGAUUUAAUUUUGGUUUACACAUUUUAUUCAGCUAUACUAGGGUUGAAAAUUGAAAUUAACAGAGCAAGAAGAACUGAAGAUUUGAAAGGAGUGUUGGAAGAAGAAGGAGUCAGUUCCUUAGUUGCUGCAAGAGUUGCAGAACAAUCAUCAACAAUUGAACAUCCAAACGAAACAAAUUUUUUCACUUCGAAAGAUACUUCAAUUUUAUCAUUUAAAGUUGCCAUGAGUUUAGGUUUUUUUGCAUUUCAUGCAUUUUGGCUUGGUAGUUCAUGGUUAUAUGAAUCAAGUGAUUCUACUAAAAGUAUUUUUUUCAAAAAGUUGCCAAAAUUAAACUCUGAGGUGGUUAGUAAGAUUAACAUUAGUAACAAAGGUACUGUAUUGACAAUAUUCCCAACUAGAUAUCUAGUACCAACUGGUUUUUUCAUACAAUUUGAAGACUUUAUUUAUUUGCUCAUUACAAAAUUCAAUAAUGCCAUAAGAGAUAGUUUAAUAUCAAAAGUUUUAGUCUUUGGAUUUGCAAUUUCACUUGUUACAAAUAUUUAUUUCCUUAAUGCUGCUAGAUAUCAAAUUAGUGCAACACAUAAAUUGAUUGAACAAGAAAUAUCAAGACCAAAACGAAAAAGCAUUAGUGAACCGGUUAAAACAAUUGAUGAUGAAGAAGAAUCUUCAAGUAGUGGAGAAUUAGAAAUAAAAGUUACUUCUAAACAAAAACCAUUAGAUGAAUGUAUCAAAAUACUUAAAGAGGGUCAAGUGAAAACUUUAAACAAUACAGAAGUCACUUCAUUAGUUGUAUCAGGAAAAUUGCCAUUAUAUGCAUUAGAAAAACAAUUACAAGAUAACAAAAGAGCUGUUGUUGUACGUAGAAAAGCUAUUGCAAAAUUAGCUAACGCACCAGUUUUAGAAAGUAUACGUUUACCAUUGGGUGGUUAUGAUUAUGAUAGAGUAUUUGGAGCAUGUUGUGAAAAUGUUAUUGGUUUUAUGCCUUUACCCGUUGGUGUUGCGGGUCCUUUAGUAAUUGAUGGUAAACCAUAUCAUAUACCUAUGGCUACAACUGAAGGUUGUUUAGUUGCAUCUACCAUGAGAGGUUGUAAAGCAAUCAAUGCCGGAGGUGGUGUUGAAACUGUUUUAACAAGAGAUGGUAUGACAAGAGGUCCCUGUGUUAGGUUUCCAACUUUAAAAAGAGCAGGUCAAGCUAAAUUAUGGAUUGAUUCAGAAGAGGGUCAAAAAACUAUUAAAAAAGCAUUCAAUUCCACAUCAAGAUUUGCAAGAUUACAACAUAUUCAAACUGCUUUAGCUGGUACUUUAUUAUUUAUUAGAUUUAGAACUACUACUGGUGACGCAAUGGGUAUGAAUAUGAUUUCAAAAGGUGUUGAACAUUCUUUAAAUUAUAUGGUUGAGGAAUUAGGUUAUGAUGAUAUGGAAAUUGUUUCAGUUUCAGGUAAUUACUGUACUGAUAAAAAACCUGCAGCUAUAAACUGGAUUGAAGGUAGAGGUAAAUCAGUUGUUGCAGCUGCUUCAAUCCCCAAAGAAGUUGUUCAAAAAGUUUUAAAAUCAGAUGUUGAUGCUUUAGUUGAAUUAAAUGUCAGCAAAAACUUGGUUGGUUCAGCAAUGGCAGGUUCAGUUGGUGGAUUUAAUGCUCAUGCAGCAAAUUUAGUUACAGCAGUAUUUUUAGCAUGUGGACAAGAUCCAGCACAAAAUGUUGAAAGUUCAAAUUGUAUCACAUUAAUGGAAAAAAAUAAAAAGACUGGCGAUUUACAAAUUUCAGUUUCGAUGCCUUCAAUUGAAGUAGGUACAAUUGGUGGAGGUACAAUUUUAGAACCACAAGGUGCUAUGUUAGAUUUAUUAGGAGUAAGAGGUCCACAUCCAACUAAUCCAGGUGAAAAUGCAAGACAAUUAGCCAAAAUUGUUGCAUCAGCUGUAUUAGCUGCUGAGUUAUCAUUAUGUUCUGCAUUAGCUGCUGGUCAUUUAGUUCAAUCUCAUAUGCAACAUAAUAGAAAAGCUCCAUCAACAGCUGAAUCAGCAACACCAUCAACAACUACGAAUGGCUCAAUAGAUGUAAAACGCCUUAAAGAAGGUUCAGUAAAUUGUAUAAAGUCAUAA